AUGCAGUCUGAAUUAAUUGCACUAACGCGGGACGGGCUCGAGCUCUAUAACGCCUCCCUAGACAAUACCGGAGCACUGACGGUCGAUAAGAUCAAAACCAUUGAAGGAGUAGAAUCUGCUGAAUGGUCUCCCCAAGGCGAUCUGGUUGCUCUACUUCGAAGUUCUUCGCGUCAAAAAGUAGAUGUUUUGGAUGCCGAUACAUGGGAGGUCUUGCAUUCUUUUGAGGGACCAACCCACGUCUCCAAAUUCUCAUUCAGCCCAUUAGGGCGAUAUCUCCUUAUUUGUUUUCGAUUUGAACCAGACCGAUGCCCUGAGAACCUCCGACUUGUGGAGGCCCGCAGCGCGCGUGAAGUUUUGCGUAUGCCACAGCGUAGUGUUGGAGAGCUCUCAUGGCCUCCCCUCCGGUGGACUGGGGGUGAAAGCUUCAUGUGUCGCAUGGUGAAGGACUCAGUUCAUGUGUUCACCCGUGAGAGCCUAGACUCUCCCAAUUUCAGCAUCAACCAUCCUGCAUUGCGGAUCCCGGCUGCUGGAGCAUCUGCUUUCUUCCCGAGUCCGGAGCGUCCCAAUACUACUAGCUGUACGGCAGAAAAGGAAAGGGGGAAGGACGGCGGCAACAGCACUCAGGCAUCGCCCCAAGGCCCUUACUGCGCCAUUUUUUCAAAGGAAGUGAAGGGCGCACCAGCCUCACUAGAAAUUUAUGCCUUGGGGGCAGAAGCCAGCUGCGUAGCUAAGAAGUCCUUCUACCAGGCGCAAGAGGCGGAGUGCCACUGGGCGUACGAUGGCAGGGCGGUGCUCGUUAAGACACACACCGAUGCUAGCGAUCUGACGUACUACGGAUCCAGCGCGCUGUAUUUUCUCAAGUCGCAGGGGCCAUAUGACACGCGUCUUGUGGCGCCGGAGGAAGGCCCAGUACACGCAUCCAUAUGGAGCCCCUCGACUUUAGAAUUUGCAGUUUGUUACGGCAAAGUGCCAGCCACUGUGGCAGUAUACGACGGCAGCGGCAAAGCGACAUCUCCCAAGUUCCGUUUGGGUGAGGGGAUGCGGACUUCUCUGCAGUUUUGCCCCUUCUCCAAAUUGUUGCUGUGGGGUGGAUUCGGCAAUUUGGCAGGGGAGGUUGAGGUGUGGGCCCCCCGAAAGAAAGGCAUCCUCGGGAAGACAGUGUUUUUCAGCCUUUCUGGUGCAUUGUUGAAGCGCGUGGAGUUCCCGUGUCUGUACAGCGUACAGUUCCGUCCUUUGCAUGCACCAGCAGCUGCUGCGGCUGCUGAGGCUCAGAAGAAUCUUUUGGAGAGUCUCAAGAUCUACGAACCAAACAAAGCACCACUAGCUCCUGGGGCCGAGUGCGCCCCCAAAAUCGGCAACUUCUCUUCCACAGGAAGGUCCCUGAGCUCUUUAACGCAGAGCAAGGCAGGAGCCCCCCCAGGGGCUUAUAAGCCCCCAAUGGCGCGGACUGCAUGCCCGAGGUUGCCUCCUGGGGCGGCUGAGCCACCAGCUGCUGGUCCUUCGAAGAGCUCAAAGAAAAGGCAGAACCGAAAAAACAAACAAGCUGGUCAAGGAGACGGGCAGGCAGAUGCGGAGCAGGGAACCCACGCUGAGCAGAAGACUGCUAAAGACCAGGCGCAAACAGCAACGCAAAACGACCAGCAAGAAGGAAAGCCACCAGUGGCAACCGCGAGCUCAGAACCGAAAGAAAACGAAGCGAAGGACAGUAUAGCUGAAGAACUUCGCAAGUCCAUCCGUGCAAUCAAAAAGAAACUGACGGAAAUCGAAAGGCUCAAGGGGAGGAACGACCUGAACGACAUGCAAAAGGUGAAGGUUGGUAGCGAAGAGUCUUUGAGAACUGAGUUAUCCAAACUGGAGACGCAGUUAAAGUCCCUCAAACAGAGACGAGGAAGAGGUGCCAUUGCUUUGGGUGGCUACAACAUCGAGCCGGCCACCAAACUUAUUUUCCUGAAUUAUUGUUUGCUGCGAUUCGCAUGGUUGUGUCCCGCAAAUUCUACCGAUGAAAAAGCAGGGACGAUAUACAAAUGCCUAGAUAGAGGCUUUCGUAGUGCAAAUAGUUGA